GCCCCGUGUCUCCGCUACUCCGUUACUUAAAACCCUAGCUUCCUUGGCGGCACUCUUAUUAUCUUCUCGCUCGGAAAGAAGUUCCAACAGAAAAGGCUUUGUCUCUCCCCUCACCCUCUCAAGCGAAAAUGGAGGGAUCUGUGGAGGAAACCGCGAAAUCAGUAUCGGAAUUGACAGUGGAUUCAUCGUCCUCCGAGCCGGCAGUUUCUACUGAAACACAGAGCAAGAAUGCUCGCAAGAAGGAAUUGAAGAGCAAGCAGAGGGAAGAAGAGAGAAGACGUAAAGAGGAGGAGAAGGCUAAACAGGCUGCUGCCAAGGCUAGCUCGCAGAGUCAGAAAUCAAUAUUAGCGGAUGAUGAAGAUAUGGAUCCAACUCAAUACUUUGAAAAUAGGCUAAAGUAUCUUGUGACUCUGAAGGCAGAAGGGGAGAAUCCCUAUCCUCACAAAUUUGAAGUUUCCAUGUCUAUUUAUCAGUACAUAGAGAAGUAUGGAGGUUUGAGCAAUGGGGAACAUCUUGAGGAUGUUGGAGUGUCCUUGGCUGGUCGAAUCAUGAACAAAAGAUCUUCCUCAUCCAAGCUAUUCUUUUAUGAUCUGCAUGGUGGUGGGUUUAAGGUCCAAGUUAUGGCUGAUGCAAGCAAGUCGGGCAUGGAUGAAGCAAAUUUUUCAAAGUUCCAUGCCAGUGUUAAACGUGGUGAUAUUGUUGGUAUCACUGGGUUUCCAGGAAAAACUAAAAGAGGGGAAUUGAGCAUUUUUCCAAGAUCAUUUAUAGUUUUAUCUCACUGCCUUCACAUGAUGCCCAGACAAAAACCUGGUCCAAGUUCAGAUACUGCGAAUAAAGGUGUUUCAUGGGUUCCAGGAAGUACUAGGAAUCCAGAAGCAUAUAUUUUAAAAGAUCAGGAAACCCGGUAUCGUCAACGGUAUCUUGAUUUGAUGUUGAAUACGGAAGUUCGCCAAAUAUUCAAGACCAGAUCCAAGAUUGUUUCGUAUGUCAGGAGCUUCCUUGACAACCUUGAUUUCUUGGAGGUUGAGACACCUAUGAUGAACAUGAUUGCUGGAGGAGCAGCUGCGCGUCCAUUUAUUACACAUCAUAAUGAACUGAACAUGAGGCUGUACAUGCGAAUUGCACCUGAACUCUAUCUUAAGGAGUUAGUUGUUGGUGGACUUGAUCGUGUUUACGAGAUAGGAAAAAUGGCAGCAUCUUGUUGCCUUUUCACGAGCAAUUUUUUCUCUAAAAAAAUUAUAUGGUUUGACUUCCACAGGAGGAUUGAUAUGAUAGAGGAGUUAGAGAAGAUUGCUAACCUCUCAAUACCAAAAGACUUGGCCAGUGAUGAGGCAAACAAGUACCUGGCAAAUGCAUGUUUAAAGUUUGAUGUCAAAUGCCCUCCUCCUCAAACAACAACUCGUUUGUUAGACAAGCUCGUGGGGCACUUUUUGGAAGAGACGUGUGUAAAUCCUACCUUCAUCAUUAACCAUCCUGAGAUAAUGAGCCCCUUGGCAAAGUGGCAUAGAUCGAAACCUGGCCUAACAGAACGCUUUGAAUUGUUUGUCAACAAGCAUGAACUUUGCAAUGCAUAUACCGAGUUGAAUGACCCUGUUGUACAACGUGAACGAUUUGCUGAACAGCUCAAGGACCGACAGUCGGGUGAUGAUGAAGCAAUGGCUUUGGAUGAAACAUUUUGUACUGCUCUUGAGUAUGGGUUGCCUCCCACUGGUGGUUGGGGAAUGGGUAUUGACCGGCUGGCUAUGUUGUUAACUGACUCACAGAAUAUCAAGGAGGUUCUUCUCUUCCCAGCCAUGAAACCUCAGGAUGAGCCAACAUCUGCUAAAGCUGUAGCUACAUGAAGAAUUUGGAUCCAGUAAGCGAGCAACCGGUUCAUAUCUAGCACUUUUUUUGCCAGUGAGACUUGCAAGCUGCUUGAACACGGUUAGAAGUUUUGUGGGAUUGUCAUAAUUUCUUGUUUAAAUAUAAAAAAUAUGCCAAUUUUUUUUUUCUCCACAAUACAAAUAUGUCUUAUUUAUUUAAUUCAGAAUGUUAAUGUUCUAUAAUCAUGGGAAUACUGUAUUAUCCAUUAGGAGGUUUUUUAUUUUUGGAAACUUUUCAACAUAGAAGAAGCAAAAGUUUGCACGA